UUAGCAGAAUGGUGACUGAAUGUAUAGUGUAGCUGUGUGAUUCAAAUGACUUUUGAAGUUGAUGAGUAGUGUGUCGAAGUAGAUGUCACAAUAUCGGCUGUACACAGAAACAAUAUACACGUGUUUAGUAGUUAAUAUUUAAUAUAGUCACUUGUUCCUUCACUGAAUAUUGGUUGACAUGAAUGUAAUUAAAAUUUGUGAAGACAUGAAGGACGCCGUUGACUUAUUUUCACCGCAGGGACUUUACCUUAAACCUAUUGCAAGACUGAACAUUUCGGUUCAACUGCCACUAAUGAAAUUUACCGGGAAAACUAUUACUAAUUCGGAAUUAAUGGACAAGCUGAAAAGCAUGAUUUUUCCUGACGAAUUCAUUACCUUAAAAGUUGUUAAGAGCACAUUGGAAUUCAUACGAUUCGAAGGUGAAAUUGAAAAUAAAUCUUGUUUGCAAAAUGUCAUAGCGAGAUUGGAUACUCGCACGUUGAAGCUAGCAAAUUUCAGCGAACCCUUGAAGAUACGAGCGGCAGAGGCAAAAAUAGUGUUUCCUACCAGGCAUAAUUGGGAUGCUUAUUUCAGAGACGCAAAGAACAUGAAUGAGACAAAACAUGGAGAGAGACCAGACACAAUAUAUAUAAGCAACUUGCCUUACAAAUGGUUCACGACGAAAAAGGAUAUUAUAAAGGGUAUUAUAAGACCAAGUGAAUAUAUACUUCAGAAGGUUUUUGAAGUAUUUGGUGACGUGAGAUGCAUUGACAUACCAGCUACAGAUCCAUUUAGAAAUAAAAUGAAAUCGCGGAAAACAGGAAUAAAUACAUUCUCGUUUGACCAAGAGCGUACAUUUGAAGCAUAUAUACAAUAUAAAGAAUACAUUUGCUUUGUAAAAGCAAUGGAUUCUUUGCGUGGUAUGAAACUGCUGUACAAGGAGGGAGACAGAGCAUACACAGCUAACAUAAAGGUUGACUUUGACAGAACUAAACAUAUGUCUGAUGAAUCCAUUCAGCGGAGACGUGCAGAGAGGGAGAGACUGAUUAAAGAGCGACUUAUUGAAAGGGAGAGGAUACUUUCACUACAUAGACAACAAGCAAAUAACUUGGAGAGACAGAAGAAGAAUUGGAAACAUGACGAAGAAAGCAGAUAUGAGAGAGUAGUAACAGACUUGCAGAAAGCGAAAGCUGAUGACAUGAAACAAAAAAUUGAUGAAGCUGAGAAACAAAAACAUUUAAUAGUGCAGCAAGAAGUAGAAAGUCUUCAGCUUUUGAAUGCUCUUUUUGAAAGAAUAAAGGUGAGAAGAAAGCACGAAGAAGAGGAACAACAAAAGCUAUUGCAACUAAAGAAUAUAAAAGAAGAAAAAGGUCAAAAAAAGAAAAAGGAUAAAAGAAAGAAGAAACACAUGCAGACCCAAGAAGAGAGAGCAGAAAAGAUAGAAAGGAAACUGCGUGAAAGGUUAAUAAAGAAGUACAAGCGACUACAAAAACUACAUGUGAAGGCAGAAGAGACUGAAUUUACAACACCGGCAUGUGAUGAGCAAAAUAAAUCCCAUUGCAGUAUCCCCUCUAGUAGUAAACAGACUCCAGAAAGGUCACCACAGAGCAGUAACUCUGGUUCUCCUCUCUGUCACAAGAAAAAACAUAAGAAGAAGCAUAAGCGACAUAAACACAAGUCCAAGACAAAGCACCGCAGAUUCCACAGGCAAAUGGAGCAUCGGCCUUAUUUCAAACGUGUGGACAAUUACAUUUAUACUGGCUGCAACAACUACUUCUAUCACAGUCCUACAUUCCAAUGUGUACCAGGUGGUUAUACUACCCAUGAUUUCUUUUCACCACAUUGGAAUCCAGAGUUUCAUGGUAGGCAUUUUAGUCACCAGACACAGACUCCACAUUGUGGUGACAUCAACGAUGGCUAUUGCAGAUACUUCAAGAAACCAUCCGAAGCUAGAGCUAAAUCUGCCGAGGAAAGUGGUGAUCCUAGCAAUUCACUGAGCUCUCAUUCAAGAAAGAGAAAGAGAUCAGAGUCUAGAGAAGAAUGUUCACGUGACAGUACCAGUCUCUGUAACCACCCAUCAUCAGUCUCAAGUAAUUUAUCAUCUCAUAAGCAUGAAGAGAGUGGUGAAAAAUCUCUCAACCAUCACAAAAAUUUAGAAGUACAAACAAAACACAAGAAGAAAAGCAAAAGAUGACAAUUUACUGAAUAAAGAUGUUUCUUACAUUCUUCAAUUGAAUGUCUGUGUGUUAAUAUUUUUAUGAUCUUGUAGCAAACAAGAUAAUAUUGUAUAUUGUACCCUCAUUCUUUCUGUAUAAAGACUAGUAAAAAUAAAUGAAGAUAA